AUGAACACCCAGAAUGAACCUAAAAUAAAACAAGUGGGCGAUUACAUUCUUGAUUUGAAUAAGGAAAUCGGAUCUGGAUAUUCCUCCAAAGUGUAUUUGGGAGAAAAUUUAAAAACCAAAUAAAUAGUGGCUAUUAAAGUCAUUAGUUCUCAGACCUACACCUCCCCAAUUUAAAAAUCCUUGCUCAAAAAUGAAAUAUCCAUACUCCUGAGAAUCGAUCAUCCCCAUUUAAUGAAAGUCUAUGAAGUAAGUCAGAGUGCGAAUAAUACAUACAUAGUAACAGAAUUUUGUAACGGAGGUAAUCUGGAACAGCAGAUGAAAAAAACUGAAUUCUCAGUCCCUAAAGUCUUGUCAAUUUUACGGUAGAUCACCUUAGGAAUACAGGCACUCCACGAAAAAAAAAUCAUACACAGAGACCUGAAGCCUGCCAACAUACUAAUCCACGAGAACACCUACAAACUAGCUGACUUUGGGUUUGCCUUAAUUGAAGAUCAAUUCGAAAGCAUCAUCAAGAGAUUCAAUGUGGGCACUCCACUCUACAUGGCUCCGGAAAUUCUAUCGACCAACCAAUAUUCAGAGAAGAGUGACAUAUGGGCUUUGGGAAUAAUGUCAUACGAGAUGCUCUUUAAUUGCAUACCACCAUACAAAUCUGAUAUAAGAACUUUUCAUGAGGAAAUACUGAAAAAUUGUCAAAAAAUAGAUCUUUUAUAUUAAGGAGUAGUUAAAUAAUUACUGUUCGGGAUGCUACAAGUGGAUCCUAAUGCUAGAGAGAAUAUUAACCAGAUUAUAUCAUAUAUCUCAUAAAAAGAAAUAGAACACGUAUCACCAAGAAUUCAACAGCAAUUUAUUAAGUUAUCAUAUAAUUUUGUACAAUCCAAUCCCAAUUCUCCAUUAUCAUCACCAAAGCAUAAGCCAACUAUGGAGAGUUAAAGAUAAAAGUAUCAGAAGAAAGUGUAAUCGCACAAUAAAGCCUAAACUUUUGCAUCAGUAAAAAUGCUGAGUUUAAACAAAUUUUUAGACGACCAAAACAAACAUAAUCGCGUUUCUGAUUUCAACCUAAAUGAGGAUCAUCCAAAAUUGAUCUCUCAUACUUCGGCUAAGAAAUACCUUCAUGAUAAUCACGAGUAGAUCGGUUAAUACUCAACCUAAUGCUCAUUUUCUACCAAUAAUAAUAAUAACACGAAUAGUAGUAGUAGUGGCAAAAAAACAAAAUUGAAAUUUAAAAUGCAAUCCUCCUAAUUGCCAGCCAUAGUUUUACCUACUUAUAACUUUUGUAUAUUUUUAGAAAAUCUAAUUAAAACCAUGGAGAGUUCAACUGAGUAGAAAUAAAAAUGCAAUUUUCUAUUUAGAAAACUGUUGGCUAUCAAGGCAAAAGCCUUCUAUUCCUUUGCACCCAAAUCAAUCAAAGAAUAAUUGAGUCUAUGGAUUGAUUAGUUAAAUAAUUACUAUGAGAAGGUGCAAUUUAGUCUAAAUUUUACUUUGGAUAACACCUUUUAAAUCUUCUUUAACUCUUCGUUGGAAGAUUAGGGUAAAUUAUUGAGUAUGUAUUUGGUGAGUUUAAUGAGUCAAAUAAUUCUGAAAGAAUAGACUUCAGAUUUCGAAACAUUGAUUGAUAUUCUUUAAGAUAAUGUUAAGCAUCAAAAUGAUCCGUUUCUAUUUGCAAGGAAAUGGGCACACAAUCAAUAAAAAUGA